AUAAGUAUCUGCUAGCGUUUAGUGCAGUAACCACGAUCGACUUAUUCGAUUACGGGUUUUAUGUUCGCUAUAGACUUGAAAAAUUACAAGAAUAUCAGUAGAUAAUUGAAAAUUAUUUAUAGAAAUCCCAAGCAAUACAGUUAGAAAGAUUUGUGUAAAGAGAAUUUAUCCGAAGUUCUUUCUAAUGAUGGAUAAAUUACCGCCAACUUACGUCGAAGGCUUUCACGAUGUGAAAGCCGUCAAAGCUAUGGAGUACAGACCACUAGGGAAAACAGGUUUGUUGGUCAGCAAGCUUUCACUUGGCGGUGGAACAUUAGGAACUCAUUAUCAUUCUUUCGAUGAGGAGGAAGCUAUACAAACAGUUCAGACAGCUAUAAAAAAAGGAAUCAAUUACAUCGACACAGCUUACUGGUAUGGACAAGGAAAGUCGGAGACAUUGCUUGGGAAGGCACUCAAAGGAAUUCCUCGUGAAGCUUAUUACAUAGCCACCAAAGUCGGAAGAUACGAGCUUAAUUAUGAACACAUGUUCGACUUCACAGCCGAGCGAGCGCGAAAAAGUUUAAAGGAGAGCUUACAGCGAUUGCAAAUCGAAUAUGUCGAUGUCGUUCAGAUCCAUGACAUUGAGUUCGCACCGUCUCUCGACAUAAUUAUCACUCAAACACUGCCAGAACUUUCUCGUCAUGUAGCUGAGGGUCGAGCUAAAUAUAUUGGCAUUACCGGUUAUCCAGUUUCAGUACUCAAAGAAUGCAUCAUAAGGAGUAACAUCAAGAUUGAUAUGAUCCUCAGCUAUGCAAGAUUCACUCUCAUCGAUGAUACUCUUUUUGACUACAUUUCAUUUUUCAAGGUGAAAUAUAAUAUAAAAUUCACAAUUAUUGCUGAUGAGAAUACUCAUUUGAAUGAUUAAUUUAGGAACAUAAUAUUGGAAAGUCGAGGACCUCAGGCAUGGCACCCAGCUCAUGAAGACACAAAAAAGUAUUGUAAAGAAGCUGCUCAAUGUUGUCAACACAACGACGUUGAGCUAACUAAAUUAGCACUUUGGCAUUCUAUUCAAUGUCCAGACAUUGCAACACACUUGGUUGGCAUGCAAAACUUACAAGAGCUAAAUAUCAACUUAAAUAUUGUAUAUAAGGGCAUAACAAACAAAGAAAUAGAAAUCUUGAAUGAAAUCAAGGAAACGUAUCUAUCUAAGAUCAAAUCAAAACAUUGGGAAGGAGUUGAACUUGAAAACUACUGGAAAGCUAUUAAACUCUGAACUCAAAGUUUAUGUACCCAAAUAUAUAUCAAAAGAGCAAUAUUUUU